AGGUUUUCCCGGCGAUUUGUCCCCUUCACUGAGUCCUCAUCGCCUCUCCCGCUCUCGGCGAUUUCCUCCGGCGACGUCGUCUCUUUUCCGACGGCCUCUCUCUCCAUCUCUAUUCUCUUACUUCGUUUUGCUUCGAAGUUUCGGCCAUGGCGUCAGCGCGCAAGUUUCACAAGGAGAAGAUGCUUCGAAGGAAAGAGGAAAAACAAGAAGAGGCGGAACUUCCAAAGUACCGAGACCGUGCUAAGGAACGCAGAGAAGACCUGAACCCUGAUUAUGAGCCAACUGAGUUGGGUUCGUUUCAUGCAGUAGCACCUCCUGGGACUGUUGAUUUAAGAAUAGCUGAUGCGCACAAAAUAUCCAUUGAGAAUAGCAAGUAUCUUGGAGGGGACGUAGAGCAUACACAUUUGGUCAAGGGUUUGGAUUAUGCUUUACUUAACAAGGUUCGGAGUGAAAUUGACAAAAAACCAGACGAUGAAGAUGAAAAGGAUGGAAAUGCAAGAGCAUCUAAGGAUGAUAAACAACUCUCUUUUCGUACUGCAACUGCAAAGUCAGUGUACCAGUGGAUGGUCAAGCCACAGACCGUUGUUAAGGCUAACGAGAUGUUUCUUCCUGGUCGAAUGUCAUUUAUUUUUAAUAUGGAGGACAGUUUUUCUCAUGACAUCCCUACCACCCUGCAUAGAAGCAAAGCCGACUGCCCGGUUCCAGAGGAGAUGGUUACUGUUGGUGUGGACAGUUCAGUUCUUGACCGAAUAGCUAAAAUCAUGUCAUAUCUUCGACUUGGAUCUUCAGGAAAGCUCCUGAAGAAAAAGAAAAAGGACAAAGAUUCAAAAGGAAAAGUAUCUGUUAAUAAUGAGUAUGAUGAUGAAAAGCCCAUUCAAUCCAAUGGUAUCAAUACAAAGCAUCAUCCAGAAAGAGAAAUUAUUCCGCCUCCGCCUCCCCGGAAGAACAAGGUCGAGCCAAAAGAAAAACAAGAUCAACCUCCCCCCAUUCCUAGGGUUGAAGAAGAGGACAUAUUUGUAGGGGAAGGUGUUGAAUAUUCAGUUCCUAACAAGGACAUGAGUGAGAGCCCUCCUCUUUCUGAGGACAUGGAAGAGUCGCCACGGAAAGAGAGGCAAUCUUAUUUCAAUGAACCUGUUUAUGGCCCUGUCCCUCCUUCAGAACCUGCUCAGACUUGGGAACAAACAAAUGGGUAUGAUAUGCAAGGUCAAGUGGUGGCUGCUGGCUACCCAGGAGAAUGGCAGGACUAUCAAUACGCUGAACAAUUGGCUUAUCAAGAACAAUAUAUGCAACAGAACAUUCAAGAAUACGAUGUUUCAGCAGGGACAAAUGUUCUACAAGACCCUCGUUUUAUGACUCAGGAAGAGAAAGAUCGGGGCUUAGGUUCUGUUUUUAAACGGGAUGAUCAGAGGCUUCAACAAUUGAGGGAAAAGGAUGCUCGGGAGAAGGAUCCAAAUUUUAUAUCCGAAAGCUAUUCAGAAUGCUAUCCUGGUUACCAGGAGUAUAAUCGUGAGGUUGUAGACAGCGAUGAUGAAGAUGACUUGUCAAAGAUGGACAUGGGUGGUCGGGCGAAGGGUCGUCUCCAUCGAUGGGACUUUGAGACAGAAGAAGAAUGGGCUACAUACAACGAGCAGAAAGAGGCAAUGCCUAAAGCAGCAUUUCAAUUUGGGGUUAAAAUGCAAGAUGGGCGGAAGACAAGGAAGCAGAACAAAGAUCAGAAGAUCAAUAAUGAGCUUCAUAAGAUCAACAAGAUCCUCGCGAGGAAGAAGGGUGAGAGAGGAGGCGAUGGUGGUGAUGAUGGCGGUGAUGAUAAUGAUGUGCAGCCUGGGAAAAAGCUUCGGGUUUGAUGAGAGAUGUAACUGUUUUAUGCAUUGAAUUUGACAUUACGUGAAGCUUUAGCCAAGUUAGUAGGAAUUUGCUUUUGUAAGUUAUAAGAGGAAAUGUUCUGUAUGA